GAGUUCCUUUCACUGGAACUAAGGGGCCAAGCCCAGCUCCUGAAAAACAACCCCACACCAUAAUCCCCCCUCCACCAAACUUCACAGUUGGCACAAUGCAGUCAGACAAGUACCGUUCUCCUGGCAACCGCCAAACCCAGACUCGUCCAUCAGAUUGCCAGAUGGAGAAGCGUGAUUCGUCACUCCAGAGAACGUGACUCCACUGCUCUAGAGUCCAGUGGCGGCGUGCUUUACACCACUGCAUCCAACGCUUUGCAUUGCACUUGGUGAUGUAUGGCUUGGAUGCAGCUGCUCGGCCAUGGAAACCCAUUCCAUGAAGCUCUCUAUGCACUGUUCUUGAGCUAAUCUGAAGGCCACAUGAACUUUGGAGGUCUGUAGCGAUUGACUCUGCAGAAAGUUGGCGACCUCUGUGCACUAUGAGCCUCAGCAUCCGCUGACCACGCUCUGUCAUUUUACGUGGCCUACCACUUCGUGGUUGAGUUGCUGUCAUUCCCAAUCGCUUCCACUUUGUUAUAAUACCACUGACAGUUGACUGUGGAAUAUUUAGUAGCGAGGAAAUUUCAUGACUGGACUUGUUGCACAGGUGGCAUCCUAUCACAGUAACACACUGGAAUUCACUGAGCUCCUGAGAGCGGCCCAUUCUUUCACAAAUGUUUGUAGAAGCAGUCUGCAUGCCUAGGUGCUUCAUUUUAUACACCUGUGACCAUGGAAGUGAUUGGAACACAUGAAUUCAAUUAUUUGAAUGGGUGAGCGAAUACUUUUGGCAAUAUAGUGUAUAUACACAAACAUGUUUACCCUGAAAUAUUUAAAGACAUAAACAAAGGGCGACAGAUGUGUCCAGUAGUAAAAAACAGUAGGCACCAUUUUAAUGGAGAACAACUUUACCAUCAGCAAUAUGAACUGCACUGCCCUACUCUAGGUGAACAUUAUCACUGUUCAUUUUUAUCAUUUACUACUGAUACACGUUUAGGAAUGAAGGGCAGCAUGAGCAUGACAGCAGCACAGAUAUAACCUCUUAUCAUUUCCCAUCAUAAUGUCUUCCCUUACGUGAAUGCCCCGUUAUACCUUACAUGAGCGAGAGAGGUAGAGUGAGACAGGUGAACAGAGAAGGGCAGCAGGCUGUGUAUUUUAAUGGUUUUAUACCGACAACAUAUUUAUCACAUCUGCCUGAAUGGCCAUUACGUUUUUCACCAUUUACAAGCACUGAUUUGCGAAAUUCCCCAAUACGUUCAUUGAUUUGACUGUACUCAUUGAGAUUACUGUACUAAUUACUCUGUCUGAAAAGUAAUUGCAUUACUUAUUACUAAUAACUGUCUAAAAUCCUUAUCAACCUCGACCAGAUGAAAAAUACAAGGAUAGACAUGAAACUGUUCUUUUAAUUCUUUCAAAUAAAUCAUAUAAAAUCAAAUAAAUUAUACAUGAACUGGCCAAAGAAUUUAAAGGGGCAGCGUUAAAGUAGAAAAUAUAUAUUUUAACAUUAGACGUUACAUUUUGAUUUUAAAUUCACUAUUGUUUUAUAUAGAAUUGUUCUAUAGUCUAUACAGUAUUUAACACAAUUACAUCAGAAGUAACUGUAAUUAAAUUACUGACAAAUUAAGAGUAAUCCCUUACAUUACUUUUUCAAUGAAAAAGUAAUUUAAUUACAGUAAUUAAUACUUAGUAAUGCAUUACACCCAACACUGCACACAUGGUACUAUGGCCCUCCACUGAUCGAUCUUCACCAGGCUACUGUGUCCACAUAGUGCAUUAAAUUUUUCAAUAAUGUUUUUGAUCACCCCCAAUCUCUGACUGGACUGUGAAAAAGCAAUUAGACUGAGAGUCAGUGGGACCCCAAGGAGACAUUCAACAUCACAAACACAAAUCAACCACGUCAGGCCUGGGAAUGAAAAAGAUUCAGCUCACUAUGAUACAAACGAGUUAACAGUUGUUGGUUCAGGGACUUACUCCCAUAGCAGCAGUUCUAGUACACAAAAAGAUCUAACAAAUAAAACGAAAAUCUAAAUAUAUGAAAAUUUACCAAGCAUAAUUUCACUUAAUUAGUGACAGAAAUCAGCAGAUUGAGUGGGGUUGGACACCAUAUUUUGUUGUCUUUCCUCAGUCUUGUCAACAGUUUGACCCACUUUGCAACAAUAUAUUUGUGUUUGCCUUCAUUUUUGGGUUUUUGGUAUGGGCUAUGACUUAGAGCAGUCUAUAAAAGAGAUUUUCCACUUAUUUCUGCACACUAAACUUGACUUCACCAUUUUCAGAGUUUACAUUCUUUGAAAUACAGUUCUUUUUAGGUCGGGCCAAGUUUAAAGUGAAAUGACUCACUGUGAAUAUUAAAGUUUUAUUUCUUGGCCAGGCACUAACUGAAAAUGUUACCUUGGUUUUCUUCACAGGUAACGUGUUCAUAAAGAUGAGGGGGAACAACAUUCCUGUAUUCUGUCAAUCUUCAUUCAAGAAAACAUAAUCAACAUGAUGUCAACCUUGCAACUUGAAUACACAUUGUUAGCUUGGAUGUACUGUUGCUGUAAGGAAGUGGUGCAGCUGAUUCUGGCUUCUUUUAUUGACUGAGACCGGAAAAUUUCCAAAGGUUGUUUUUGUUGAAGUUAUGCUUAUUUCAGUGCCUACAAUUAAUAGGAAUCCUACCAUAAAGGGCUGUAACUUCCGUUGGUCACUGAAACCAAAGAACAUAAAGAAUCAAGAAGGAAGUCCUUGAGCCCUUAAGCAAUUUUCUAUAAUCAAGAGGACGAGUGACAAGCACAAAUCCAGACCACUCUGACCUACAAGGCAAAGGACAAUGUGGGAUACUCAGUAGACGGCCUUGUGAGUGGAAGCAAAAAAGGACAAGAAAGACCUGUGUACCCCCAAUUACUGUCUACAAAGAAUUGGUUUAAAUUAAUUGCAGAGAGAGUGGGGUACAUUGUCUGGAACUAUGGCCACAGAGAGCCUAGUUGAACUCCGUGAUUGGAUGUUCCUGCUUCUCCUGUGCCUGACAUUAUUGGUUGAAGUCCUCGAGUUUGCUGCAGCUGCUGAGGCGGCUCUUGGGGAGGCGGAGCUUCAGGGAGAUGUGCCAUGUCCCUCUGCUUGCAGGUGUGAUGAUGGCUUCAUUUACUGCAACGACCGUGGCUUGAGUAUCAUCCCUCCAUUACCAUUAACUGCAGCGGUGCUCUACCUGCAAAACAACCGCAUAGACAACGCUGGGCUACCGACAUCCUUAGAGCGACGAAUGACUGUCAGAGUAGUUUACCUUUAUGAUAACGAACUGGAUGAUUUUCCAACACAUCUGCCUCCAUCUCUACGGGAACUUCACCUCCAGGACAAUAAUAUACGAACUUUACCCCGUGCUGCCCUUGCACGUCUCCCCCUGCUGGAGAAGCUUCACAUGGACGACAAUUCAGUUUCGACUGUAAGUAUUGAAGACAAAGCAUUCGCCAACAAUCCAAGGCUGCGCCUUCUUUUCUUGUCACGCAACCACCUCUCGAGUAUACCAUCGGGACUGCCUGCAUCACUUGAGGAACUCCGGCUAGACGACAAUCGAAUUUCAACUAUUCCAACGCAUGCAUUUCGUGGACUCUCGUCUCUAAGACGUCUCUUCCUUGAUGGAAAUCUGUUGGCAAAUCAACGAAUCGCUGAUGACACUUUCUCACGGCUAUCUAAUCUGACAGAGCUCUCUCUGGUUCGAAACUCACUCCUUGCACCACCCUUAAAUCUUCCAAGCACACAUCUUCUUCGGCUCUAUCUACAGGACAAUGCCAUAGCCCACAUGCCACGAAGUUCCCUGGAUGGAAUGCGAAGACUACAGAAACUGGACUUAUCAGGCAACAAUUUGACAACUCUUCCAAGGGGUUUGUUCAAGGACCUAGACAGUCUUUCACAGUUACUUGUCCGAGGAAAUCCCUGGCAUUGUGGCUGUAACCUCCAUUGGCUUCAUGACUGGUUGCAUGAGCGAGGUUCAUCGGUGACUGUGAGAGGUUUAACUUGCCAUGGACCAGAGAGAGUAAGAGGCAUGUCACUAAGGGACCUUACCAGUCAAUUGGAAGACUGUGAGAUCAGUGUUGAUAGUGCUGGAGGGAUGGUUGGAAAUGAUGGAGCAAAAAAAGAUAAAGGCAGUUUUCCAACACAAGCACCAGCUACAACAACCCCUCCACUUCCCCAGGGGUCUCUUUAUACCCUCAGAUCCAGACGACCAGGACACAAGUAUCCUGAUAUGGGGCAGGAUAGUCUUGGAGGCGGAAGUAGCGUCACUGGUAAAUCAUUAUUAAUCAGUGUGAAACCUCUCUCACCAGAGACAGUCCAUGUUACCUGGAAGGCUGCACUACUGGUCCCUUCUUUCAGGCUAUCCUGGCUGCGACUGGGCAACAGUCCUGCAAUGGGCUCAAUUACAGAAACACUUGUGCCAGGGGAUCGCCGUGAGUAUUUACUCACACAUUUAGAGCCCCAAUCAAGCUAUAUUAUAUGCUUGGUGCCUCUCUCUGCAAAUGAUGGUAAAAGAACCUCCUUUAUAGCAACAGGAGGGUUCAACAUAAAUACAAACUCAGAGCAUGAGCAUCCUGCUUGUGCCAAAACAGAGACAGAUGCCCUAGAACAGCCCAUUUCAGACCAGGACAGUGAUCAAGGAGCUGACCAACUGUCAGCCCUACCACUUGCUGGAAUUAUUGGAGGUGCAACAGCAUUGGUAUCUUUGUUCUUAAUUUUUGGCAUCUUCUGUUGGUACGGACACCGUGCAGGAUACCUUGCGCCGGGUGACAAUUCCAUAUACGGUAGAGAUGUUGUUGGAUCGCGAGGUGCCAGCAAACAUUAUGAUGACUAUGUAGAAUCUGGAACCAUAAAAGACACCUCAAUUUUAGAGAUCAGGGCUCAUGGUUUUCAAAUGACAUCAAUGCCUGCCCAACAGCCUUUGCAGCCCAAGGCAAAAGUUGAGGACAUGACAUACAUCCAUACUAUCUUUCCCUCUAAUAAUACAACUCUGUAUAGGAGCACUCUAAACCAUACAGGAAAUCCAGGCUAUGGAACAAAUCGAGGGUACAGAGAAGGGGGAAUACCAGACAUAGAUUACUCAUACACGUGAUAGCCUUUUUAUAACCCUCUGCCUAUUCUGUUCCUGUCUUCAGGUAAAACAGUUUGGGCACGGGUUCUUUUUCCCUAAGUUCCAAAGUAGGGGUGUGCCAAUUUGAUGGGGACUAUUCUUUUUUUUUUUUCAUCUGUCAUACUCAGUUAUUACUGGGUAGUGGAUUUCAAGUAUAGUUUUAUUAAUCUAAAUAUGUAUAUUUAAUACAGCAUAAUUGUAACACCAUUGAAGGAUUGGAGUAAUAUUAAAAUAAAGUUUCAUAUCUAAAAUUGAAACCUAAUAUGAAACCUCACACUAAUGUUGCUCCAAAACAUCAUGACUUUCUGUCUUUCGUGGAACACAAAUUAGUUUUUAAAAAAGUCUUUACAGGGUUUAUUUGCUAUAUAAUGAAAAUGAAUAGUGACGCUGGUCUAUCAAACUCAAAAAAAAGGAGGGAAAAAACAAAACAAGAGUAAAAGUAAUUUAUACGACGUAUGCACUAUAUUCUAAGUCUUCUGAACACUGCAAAAAAAAAAAAAAAAUUUACUUACAGAGUAUUUUUGUCUUGUUGUCUAGUAAAAUAUCUUAACAGAUGCAAUUAAUUGAGAAGCAAAAUGACAAAAUAUUUCAUCUUGUUUUCAGAGAAAUCUGACAAAAUGUAGUUUAUGCUUACAACAGAAAAAAAAACUAUUUGCCAAUGGGGUAAGGAAAAAAACCUGAUUCAAAGGGGAAGUGUAUUGUUCUCAUCCCAUUGGCAAAUCUUUUUUUUUUUUUUUUCUUGUUUUAAGCAGAAACAACAUUACAUUUUUUUUUUUUUAAAGAUUUCUCAGAUAUAAUAUCUUAAUAUCUUAUGAUUUUGCUUCAGGUAAUUUUUUCUUGUAUUAAGGAUGUUUAGAUAUUUUUACUGGAAAAGAAGACAAAACUAAAAUACUUUAAAAAUUAUUUUUUGCAGUUAAGACAUUGAUCACUUUGUGUGAUGAAUAGAGAAAUAUUGUGGCUACGUUGAUAACAUCAAACCUUAUUGGUUCUUGCGACAUGACUUUUGGUCACAAGACGCAACGAGAACCAAUAAGGUUUGAUGUUUUUGACGUGGUCCUCAUAUUUGAUUUUAGUGCUUUAUCAAUUAUUUUAAUUUAAUAAAUGUAAUUCUGUUCAUCACACAGUUAUCACAUGGCUUUAGAAGACUUGGAAUAUAGUGCAUUAGUCAUAGUGAUUAUAUUUUCUGUGGUUUAUGGUGUUUUUGUCAUUUUUCGAAUAUUAAAUGGCAAAUAAAUCCUGUUAAGACUUAUUUAAAAAUUCACCUUUUGUGUUUCAUGGAAGAAAGAAAGUCAUAUGGGUUUGGAGUGGCAUUAGCGUGAGUAAAGAAUGACAGAAUUUUCAUUUUUGGGUGAACUAUUCCUUUAAACAUAAAAAAUCUGUAUUUAUUAAAUUUAAUUGUAACAUUUUGGACAUAGAAUAAGGUCAAUGUUGGUGGUGUUACACCAUUUAAAAAUAGCUAAUUGAUUCACUAUUGAAACCCAGGUGUUAAAAAAUAACAUGCUACAUUGAAAUGUUUCUUAAUUUGAUUAAUUCAGUCACACUUUGUGUCUUUUGAAGUUUAUGGACACUACAUAAAAAUAGACAUCUUUGAAAUGUUCUGAUUGUGAAUGAAGCCAAUUUUCAUUGGCACACCCCUAUUCCAAAGUACCCUUUGUGCCUCCUUCAGUCUGUUUUCAAAAUAUUAUUUUUAAUGGGCAAAAGACCAUCUGGAACAUGCUUAAAAUACCUUUAAUAGUCAGAAAGUGUCAGGGAUACCACUCAUUGGUGUUGAUGUUAACCAAUAUUCUGAUGAUAAAUGAAGGCUGUUUUUGCAUCUUAGUACCAAUGAUUAUCAGUUUUCUUAACCUAGCUCAUAUUAAGGGUUAGCAUGAUGAUUAGAUCUGGGACCAGGUCUACAUAUAUAGAUAUAGUUUUAUUACCUGGACUGUAAUGUGUAUAUAUGCACUGGAGAAAAGUGAUGCCUUUCUGGUCUGGGAGAUACUGACAAUGACAAAAAAAAAUAAGUCUUUGCAGGGGAGAGGGGUGUUAUUGAAAUUCAAAUUUUCUGUUCUCUCUCUCCCUCUUUUUUGGGGGGGCUUUUCCUUUAUUCUCUCUAUUUCUUUUGCACGCGGCACGAGGACUUUGUUCCCAACCCAGGGAACUGACAGUGGUGAUAAUGGUUUUGACAAUGAAAGACCUCAAAUUGCUACUGGGUUUCUUUUAUUUUAAUGAGAGUGAGAAAAGUGGGGGAGGAGACAAAAGCAAGAAAGGAAAGAGAUGAAGGCACAGAGAACGGUUUCAUGCUCACAAAGGAAAUUUGUCCACAAAAAAAAAAAAAAAAAACAGAUACUGAAGUAUCUUAUGUCCAAAAAAAAAAAAAACAUUUUCCAUUCCCCACAUUGAGGAGGUUUUAAAAAAAGAGCAACAUUUUAUGCGACAUUUUCACAAAGGAAUUCAUGACUAAGGAGUUCUCUGUCUUUAUUUAUUUGAGAUCAUUUAAGCUAAAUAGAGAGACACUUAAAGACAAUCAUGAAGAGGGGCAUCCCCUAAUUGAUGAAUCAACCCAAACUGACAAGCCGACAUAGAUAACACAGUCAAUUGAGCACGGAAAAAAGCAAGCUAAAGGGCAGGGUUUGGUGAUACAGAACAUUCCAGUUUUUUUGUUUUUUUAGAGAAUAUCAUGAGCACUAAAUCCAUAAAAGUAGAUGACAAGUGGCCACACAACAUUUAUAUGUCUAGGCUCUACAAUCUUUGUGUGUGAAAUGCUGUGUGUAUCUAUACCCCUGAGAUGCAGGAAAAACAGAUAUCAGGGAUUAAUAACAAAAAUGUAACACUGUGAACCUCUGCAUCUUGUGUGUGGGCAAAGGGAGAGAGAGAACAAAGGUCUUUAACUGAUUAAAGGAAUAAUUCACCCAAAAAUGAAAAUUCUGUCAUCAUUUAUUCACCCUCAUGUUGCUCCAAGUCUUUCUUCCAUGGAACACAAAAGCAGAUGUUAGGCAGAAUAUUAGCCACAGUCACCAUUAGGGCUGCACAAUUAAUCAAAUUAAAAUCGAAUUCACGACAUGACCUUGUGCGAUUAUGAAACAAAUUAUAUAAAUAAAUAUUAGGCUCGCAGAGCUUGAUACAAAGUUUAUGUGUGCUUCUCUGUCCUGUCUGUAUUAUGUUAGUAUAUGCUACCAGUCAAAAGUUUUGAAACACUUACUCAUUCUUUAUUAUACUUUUUUUUCACAUUUUAGAAUAAUAGUAAAGUCAUCAAAACUAUGGAAUAACAUAAAUGGAAAUAUGGGAAUUAUGUUGUGACUAAACAAAAUCCAAAAUAAAUCAAAACUGUGUUAUAUUUUAACAUCUUCAAAGUAGUCACCCUUUGCCUAGAAUUUGCAGACAUGUACUCUUGACAUUUUCUCAACCAACUUCUUGAGGUAUCACCCUGGGAUGCUUUUUAAACAGUAUUGAAGGAGUUCUCAUCUAUGUUGGGCACUUUUUGGCUGCUUUUCUUUAUUAUUUGGUCCAAGUCAUCAAUUUCAAAAACUUUUUUUUUUUUAAUUACAUUUUAGUUUUAUAAUAAAAUAAAUUAAUAUGGUGGCACAAUUAUAUUUUUGUCUACAAAACUAAUUUCAAACAUUUAAGCAUACACCUUCAGAUCAAAAGAUUUUUAAGAUCAUGGGAAACAUUUCAGUCAAGUGUUUCAAAACUUUUGAAAGGUAGUGUAUGUUAGCAUUAUUUCAGUGUUUUCAGAGCAGUUCUGUGAUCCACAACUCUAUCUCGUGCUCAAAGUAACAGAUAUGCUCCAAGUUUAGUUCGGUUUGCUUACAUGAGCUGAGUAAGUCAUUUUUAAAGUGCCCCAGAUCCACUUUAAUUUCACUUUUGCUUAAUUCCAAAUAUGUUUGGCCGCUACAAGUUUAUAUGCAAAAACAAAUAAUACACCCAAUGGCACUGGAUUUUUGUGGACAGAGGAGGAAAUGUAAAAAUGAGGAGCACAUUAUACAGCUGUUGUAAAUGUAAACUCGGCUACAAACAGAAACACUUCAUGCAGAUGUCGACAAAAUAAAAGCUUGACUGUUUAGAACUCAUUGGUUUAACUGAACCGUAUAGCAAUGCCCCAUGCAAGUUAAGAUUUUAUUAAAUAAAAAUGUUCUGUUGUAUAAUAAAAAAAAAAAAAAAUCAAUAUAAUAUUAAGCUACAAUAAUAUAAUAUUCAAGUUGACUGGGUUCCCUAAAGUGGAAAAAAAGGCACACAGUGUUAUAUGUUUGUGGCUGAAGUGAAAAAGGUCCAAGUUCAUGGGCAAAGAACAUUGACAAAACAUUACCAAAUUUUGGUCAAAAGGAAUAAUUUAGUUACUAGUUUUUUGUUUAUCAUAUCACAAUUCGAAUCACAAUUUUGUUCAAAUUGUGCAGCCCUAGUCACCAUUCACUUUCAGUGCAUCAUUUUCCCAUGCAAUAAAAGUGAAUGUCUAAGAUAAAAUGUCAUUGGGGUUGAAAGUCAGAGGGUGAGCAAAUGAAGACAGAAUAUUCAUUUUGGGAUGAACUAUCACUUUAAAGACAAUCCACUUUUUUUCACAGUCCGACACUGUGACUUAACACAUCAUUAGUCAGGAGAGUAGAGAGGUAGGAACACUGAAACAAUAUCCUUACCAGAUAUGAGAUUUCCCAGCCUUUUCUGAUGCAUUUUGAAAGUGAACUAUUCAAACCUACAUGUAAAUCACUUUUUUCUCUCGUUAUAGAUAUGGAAUAACAUCUUGAUAAGUAGUAAAUAAAGCUUGUUAUCUUUUUCAUCGAUAUAUGUACCAUUAAAAGUUGUGAUUAAAUACGCUA